AUGUCUGAUAAUUCUAAUGGUAAUUGGUGUUUAAUUGAGUCAGAUCCUGGUGUAUUUACGGAAAUGAUAAAAGGACUUGGUGUUAUUGGAGUUCAAGUUGAGGAACUUUACAGUCUAGAUGACAGUUCUUUUAAUGAUAUGCAUCCUGUUUAUGGACUAAUCUUUCUUUUUAAAUGGAGACCUGGUGCUGUAACUAGUGGUAAAGUUACCAAUGAUACCAAUGGAUUAUUUUUUGCGCAACAAGUAAUUACAAAUGCAUGCGCUACACAAUCAAUCAUCAACUUACUUCUUAAUAUAAAAGAUGAAAAUGUUGUUCUAGGAAGCAUUUUGGAGGAUUUUAAAAAUUUCACUGUUUCUUUUGAUCCUGCAAAUCGUGGGUUGUGUUUAAGUAACAGUGAACCAAUACGUCAAAUUCAUAAUAGUUUUGGAAAGCAAACAUUUUUUGAAUUAGAUACACCACAUACAGAAAAAGAAGAAGCUUAUCAUUAUGUAACAUUUAUUCCAUACAAUGGACAUGUUUAUGAACUAGAUGGGCUUAAAGAUGGACCAAUUGAUCAUGGAAGUUAUGAUAUGGCAAAAGGAUGGCUUCCAGAAGUUAUUGAAUGUUUAAAAAAAAAGAUUGAAACAUAUAGCAAAGGAGAGAUUAACUUUAGUUUAAUGGCUGUCGUUGGUGACAAACUAGAGAAAUUAGAAAAAGAAUUGGCUUCAUUAAAGGCAGCUCAAAAAAAAGACGAAUAUUCAGUUGAAAUAAAAGAAUUGGAAAGAAAUAUUCGAUUUGAACUGGAUAAAAGGGAAAAAAUCAGAAAAGAAAAUAUUAGAAGAAAGCAUAAUUAUAUUCCAUUUUUAAUGGAAUUGUUAAAAGCUUUAGGAAAGGAUAACAAAUUAAUUCCUUUGAUUGAGCAUGAAAUGAGAAAACAAGAUCCUUCUUUCUAA